AUUCGUUUUCUCUGACAGUCAAGUUAGCCAAAGAAACGAGUCAAACAGGAAAUCGACCAAAGAAAUUGUUAUUAAAAUCUUGUAACUUGUCAGGAAAGCUCCUGCAUCUUGCAAAGUAUUGGUGAUUUCUUUUCUUGUUUCAUCUGUGAAAAAUUCGUAGGAGAUGGUAAAAGACCUCUUGCUUUAAGUUUGCAUGGUCUUAUCAAAAUUAGCUGCUGUUCUGCGCUUUUUAACUUAUUUUAGUUUUUUCUAGGAUUAUAAUUAAUUAAAUGUGUGGUCAUGUUAAAUGAGCAUCAUGAAGAGAGAGCGACAUUGACAACAUUAAAAUUAUAAGACAGAGCUGGAGGUAGAGAAGCGCUCAUCUGGUAGUUUGUUGGUUUGACCAGCAGGUGGAGCUGCUGUAUAAACGAUAAACUGAGACUCAACCAAACAAGUUCCUAUUUGACUGAACUUGUUUAAUUUUGACACAGGAGAGGAAGAUGAUUGUCAAGGAACUUAAAAGAUGAUCAAAAACUGUCAGUAAAUGUGAGAAGAAGAAUCUGUGAUCUGGUGGUUUAGGUUUCAGUGGAAAGAGUCCCUGUGAAAGUGAAAGUAAACUCAAGAGCAGACUCCAUUUUGAGAAAAGAACAGAAAGAGUGGAGAGGACGAGGAGACAGGGUGAGUGUUUACUCUUUGUAAUGUCAAAGUCUUUAUCUGUAUCAUCUGUUAAUGAAAAAUGAUUUACUGACUAAUACACUUAAAAACUGUAAAACAAAGAAACCUGACCAGACAAAGAGCUGGAUCAGUUCUUGAUACAGGAAACUGCGUACGUGCAGUUCUUCCUCCUUCUUGUUUAGACUUGUCUUUUUAGUAAAAACAAAAAUGAGUUUCUUUUCAUUCAGCCUCUCAUUUCAAAUUUAAUCCAGUCCCUUUAAUUUUUAUGAGACUUCAGGGACCUCACAGCUGUUGUUGUUUUGACCAUGAAUCAGAGAGAGGCCCUGUAGCGGGGAGACAGAAGUACUUGGAUACGGACUAAACCCUGUAUAACUCUUAAAGAGGGGUAGUAAGCUUAUUUCAGACUGUAUACUUUCUUUUUGAUUCCUCUUUAAUAUCUUUACAUGAUUUUCAGUUUAGUCUCCUGUUUCUCACCCUGGUGUAUUAAAAUAUCUUUAUUUCAGCCUCUUCCUAAAACACUUCAUUUUAGCUGCUGUCUCUUUAAGGCCUCCUGUCCACGAGUCUACUUUUAUUUCUGAACACUGUCCUCCUGUUUGUAUCUCACCUGUUUGUCUACUUUGUCCUCAGGUUGUAUAACUCGGUUUCAUCUUCCAAAAAGUUGCUCAACAUCAGAUGGAGAAGAUGAGUGUUUGUGUCGAGGAAGAGGAGGACAGAGCAAUGUCUGUCAUGUCCGACUGUCUGUCUAUGAAGAGUGACCGGUCUAAAGAUAUUAUCCUGGAGUUCAGGAAAGAACCAGGACCCUCAGAGGAGUGCAGAGCAAAGUCUAUUCCGUCCAGCUGUCUGUCUAUGAAGAGUGACGUAUCUAAAAGAAUUCCUCUAAACUUCAGGAAAGAACCAGGACCCUCAGAGGAGUACAGAGCAAUGUCUGUUAUGUCCGACUGUCUGUCUAUGAAGAGUGACUGGUCUAAAGAUUUUAUCCUGGAGUUCAGGAAAGAACCAGGACCCUCAGAUUCACAGUAAGAGAAACAUUUUUCAACCACCAAACUCUCAAACAACAACAAUUGAUGUUUCAAAAACAAAACUUUAAAUUCUGACCCCUCUGUUUUCUACCAUGGUGAGAAAAAUGAUCUCCUCUGCUCUCAAAACGCUGAUUUUCCUCUGUAACCUGCCAACCUGGAUAAAGGGCUGGUGAAGAAAAAGUCACUGAGCACAGAUUUACUUAUUAUUCAUCAUGUUUAUAAAAAUGAAGGGCGUAUAAAACAGCAUUUGAACAGGAUUCUGACCUCUGUAUUUUCUAAGGCUGCAACAACGAAUUGAUUAAGUAGAUUCGUUGUGACGAAAAAAAUCGUUGCCAACUAAUUCUGUAAUCGAUUCGUCGGGUCUUUAUAUAUGUCCAUGGACACCGGCGUGUAAACAUCAGCAGGACGCACAGAAAAGAAACAGCCAUGGCCGAGGCAGCGGCUGAGAAAAACAUGGACACAACCCAACCCAAAUCCCGACCUAAAACAUCAGUGAUGUGGGAAAACUUCACCAAGACUGAAAAGGAAGGCGUUCAGUGCAACAUUUGCAAAGACCGUUUUGCAUGGCUCGGGAGUACAUCGAUGAUGCGUGAGCACAGGGCUCUCAAGUCUCACGCAUUCAGCGUAUGACACACGCAUUCCCACCCGUUCACACGCUCACACACCACACAUUGUAUUUCUCACGCAUUUAAAUGAACACGGUGAUGUCCACCAAGUUGCACUUCUUCAACUAUGGAACUGGGGGAAAUCAACGGAGUUUCUCUGAGAGUUCAGAAGCUGCGUGCCACGCACAAGCCAAUCAAAUAAAGUAUAUCUACUGAACAGCCAAUCAAAAAGCAGCAUUGCUGUAUCCGGGUAGAUUUUGAUAUCUUGCGGUUUGACUACAGAAGAAGACAGACACUCGCCGAAAUAGAGCAGGUUUUUAUAAGGACGAGAUAGACCCGAUGAUUACAGUAAGUCAGUAACCUACACAUGCAGAGACCUCAACACCUCAUGGCAGAUAAACUCAUAUGAUAAACUAAAGCCCUAUGAUAUUGCUAUUAACAGCUGCAUUGAUGAAUUUAGUCUGUUUAUCCGAUUAAUCGAUUAGUUAUUAAAAUAGUCGGCAGAUUAAUCAAUUAUCAAAAUAAUCGUUAGUUGCAGCCCUAGUAUUUUCUGAUUUGGUUCCUGUGUUUGAGACGUUUUGAGUCUGUAAGUCUUUGGACUGUGGUGUAUAGACCCCAGAAAACAGUCUGUGGGUCACAAAAUACCAGAAGACCGAUGAAGAAAUCAUUCCUGUUUGAUCUUUUGAUCAAAAAACUGUAGAAUUGGUGGAGAAAAUCUCUCCACCCUCAAAAAUCUCAGUUUAGUUUUUCUCCUGUCUCCACACUUUCAGGCAGCAGCAGCUGAAUAUUUUACAGGAGAUUGUUUUAUGUUAGAGAAAAGAGUGAGGUCAGAAACUCUGGUUUAAUAAAUGCUUCUUAUUCUGUAUCUUUCAAACAUGAAAUGAUAAAGAAAAUAAAUGUUCUUUAUUUCCACAGAGAGACACAGAGAUGUGACUCUGUGGAGGAGCAGCUGUCCAGAUGUUCAUCAUGUCAGGACGUCCUGAAGGAUCCAGUCUCUUACCGCUGUGGACACCUGUCCUGCAGACAGUGCCUGGCCUCAUGCAGGGACCAGUCUACUUCUUUAGGACACACCUCCUGUCCCCAGUGUGGAAAAAGAACCAGAACAGUUCUUGUCUCUCAGACAGACAGUCAGUCCAGCUCUGAUGGAAGUAAGUCUGAACAUCUGUCCUCUAAAGUCUCUGUGGAUGAAAACUCAGCUGACUGAUUUUCACAAAGACGUUUUCGUGUUGAGCAGUUUGGUUCAUUUGAUUUUUCUUCUCUUUCAGCAGAUGGUGGUCUGCAGGAGGUUUUAGAUGAACAUAAGAUCAGUCUGAAGAGGAGAUGUGAACGUGUGAAUGAAGGAAGUGAUGGAACAGGAAGUAGUCAAACCCUCCUCAACAGGAUCUUCACUGAGCUCUACAUCACAGAGGGACUGAGUGAAGAGGUGAACACCCAACAUGAGGUGAGACAGCUGGAGACAGCUUCAAAGAUGGAGACCCUCCAUGACACGCCCAUCAAGUGUCAUGAGAUCUUUCAAACCUUACCUGACCAACAGAAGAAGGUCAUCAGAGUGGUUCUGACCAACGGCGUGGCUGGUGUUGGAAAAACCUUCUCAGUGCAGAAGUUCACUCUGGACUGGGCAGAGGGUUUGGAGAACCAAGACCUCCAUCUGGUGGUCCUGCUUUCAUUCAGGGAGCUGAACCUGAUCAGAGAUGAGCGCUUCAGUCUUCUGAGUCUGCUCCAUGUUUUCCAUCCAACACUAGAGAAGGUCACAGCAGAGACGCUGGCUGUCUGUAAACUUCUGUUCAUCUUUGACGGUCUGGAUGAAAGCAGACUGUCUCUGGAUUUCACAGACUCUGAGGUCCUGUCUGACGUCACACAGAAGUCUUCACUCAACGUUCUGAUAACAAACCUGAUCAAGGGGAACCUGCUCCCCUCAGCUCUCAUCUGGAUAACUUCUCGACCUGCAGCAGCCAAUCAGAUCUCUCCUUCACGUGUGGACAGGGUAACAGAAGUACGAGGCUUCACUGACGCCCAGAAGGACGAGUACUUCAGGAAGAGGUUCAGAGAUGAAGAUCUGUCCAGAAGAAUCAUCUCACACAUCAAGUCCUCCAGGAGCCUCCACAUCAUGUGUCAGAUCCCGGUCUUCUGCUGGAUCACUGCUACAGUUCUGGAGGACAUGAUGAUCAGAGAGCAGAGAGGAGAGCUGCCCAAGACCCUGACGGACAUGUACUCACACUUCCUGCUGGUCCAGACUAAGAGGAAGAAGCAGAAGUAUGAAGGAGGACAUGAGACAAGUCCUCAGGAGCUGACGGAGGCUGACAGUGAAGUCCUCCUGAAGCUGGGGAGGCUGGCCUUUGAACAUCUGGAGAAAGGAGACAUCAUGUUCUACCAAGAAGACCUGGAGCGGUGUGGUCUGGAUGUCUCAGAGGCCUCGGUGUUCUCAGGAGUUUGUACAGAGAUCUUCAGAAGAGAGAGUGUGAUCUUCAAGAAAACUGUUUACUGUUUCGUUCAUCUGAGCGUUCAGGAGUUUCUGGCUGCAGUCUACAUGAUCCACAGUUUCACAAACAGGAACACAGAAGUUCUGAAGACUUUCCUAAGAGGCAACAAUGACGAAGACAAAAUGUUUUCUUUAAAGACGGUUUCCAGUUGUUUUCAAAACCUGGAUGACUUCCUGAAGAAUGCCAUGAAGAAAUCCCUUCUCAGUAAAAAUGGUCACCUGGACCUGUUUGUUCGCUUCCUUCAUGGACUCUCUCUGGAGUCAAACCAGAGACUCUUAGGAGGUCUGCUGGGUCACACAGACAACAGUCCAAUAAUGAUCCAAAGAGUCAUCAACAACCUGAAGGAGAUGAACAGUAGAGAUAUCUCUCCUGACAGAAGCAUCAACAUCUUCCACUGUCUGAUGGAGAUGAACGAUCUGUCAGUUCAUCAGGAGAUUCAAGAGUUCCUGAAGUCAGAGAACAGAUCAGAGAGGAGACUCUCAGAGAUCCACUGCUCUGCUCUGGCCUACAUGCUGCAGAUGUCAGAGGAGGUUCUGGAUGAGUUGGACUUAAAGAAGUAUAAAACAUCAGACCAGGGACGACUGAGACUGAUGCCAGCUGUGAGGAACUGCAGAAAAGCUCGGUAAGUCCAGGUUUUAUUCUCAGAAUAGUGUAAAUGAACCCUGUAGUUCUUCUAAUGUCCACGUUACUGAUGAUGUUCUUCUUCAAAUAGAAAUCCACUCAAAUAUCAGGGAGGGGGUUUCUUUAGCAAAAACAUGAUCCUGGUGUCUAAAGUCCUGUUAGCCCAGGAUGAGGUCUACCUGUGGACCCCUGAGAACUUGUCCUGAUUGUGGAGGACCUCUUUGUUUUGAAUUGUGUCUGUAAUGAAUAAAGUGGAACUUUCAGGACAAAUCAGCGACCAUAUCUGAGGACACACAGAGGUCUUCUGAUGAUGGUAUCAGUCCAGAUCAACAUCUCAGUCAGUUGUGGUGAACUUGAGUUUGAAGAAGGUGUCUGCAGCUUCUUCCUGCUGGUUUUCAGGUUGGAAAUGAUGAAUCUGUUGUAAAUGAGGGUGUUGACAGCAUUGAUGGUGAAAAUAGAACUGGAUCAUUUUCUCCACAGUGGCAGAACUGUCUCUGUACCAUCAUGUUCAUCAUUCAAUAUUCAUCAUCAAUACAACCAUGAAAACUAACAUCAUUUUCCACCACUUCAAAGAUGAAUCUGUUUUUCCUUUUUUUUCUCCUGACUCCAAAUGUUUCUUUCUGAAUGAAAAACACAAACGAGCAAAAUUCAAUCUGUUAUUUUUAUAGGAGUCAUGAGAACGUACGCCCCCUAGAGUUCAUAUGAGAGAGAGAGAGAGAGAGAGAGAGAGAGAGAGAGAGAGAGAGAGAGGUUCAGUGGGUCUUUGUAUCUGUCUCUUAAAGGUCUCUCUGGAUCCAUCAGGUUUUAUAAACUUGUUUCUGCUGCUGAAGGGAAUGUUACAUGGAGAAAAAACUUUGACUGUGAAAACAAAGAAAUCUUCAACUCUUCAAAUGUUCAGAGUCAAACCAGCUCUAACCUGCUAAAAAACGAUUUGAUCUGAACCAAUCAGAGAAGACGGAGCUGCUGUGAUUUAGUGAGUCGUCCUCUGAUUGGUCAACAGUCAGUGUCUAUGGAAAGACUUACAUUACAGCAGGAUGUCAACAUUAAACACUGAGAGGAGCACUGAUUCUCCAAGAGGUACUUUGGAUACUAACCAAUCACAUACCAGGACCAAAAACCUGGUUCUCAGUCCCCUUCUCCAACCAGAACUCAAGAAUUCACACAGUCAUAAUGAUCCAGCUGCACUAACAUGAAGACAACACUGUUAGAGAACAGAAGGACUAAAAUAAGUCAUGGAGUCAUUUGUCUUGAACAUCUGAACAGUUUUAUUUUUCUUCUAAACUUUGACUUCCUGUCUUCUCUCAUGGCUGUGGUCCUGAUAUUAGUAUCUGUCUGGUUAAAAACAGACCGUCUGUCAAACCAAAGAUCAUGUUUAAGUUGUUUUUGGUGAAGAGAAACAUCAAAUUACCCUUCAAUGAAAUAUUGUUUGAUGUUUAUGGUGUUACAGAUUUUCAUACUGUGGACUCUCAGAGACUCACUGUGAAGUUGUGGCCUCAGCUCUGAAGUCCAACCCCUCCCAUCUGAGACAUCUGGACCUGACCUUAAACAAACUGCAGGAUUCAGGAGUGAAGCUUCUCUCUGCAGGACUGGAGAGUCCAAACUGCAGACUGGAGACUCUGAAGUGAGACACCAUUUCCUUCUGAUCUAACAAUAAGAUGUGACAGCUGCUGCCUUAGAUUUUUCUCUGUGGUUUUUCCAUCAACUUUGGUCGAGCAGUUUGAAUUUGUCGUUGUAAAACUUCAACACAGGAAGAAAAAUCUGACAUUUCAGAGUUGACUUUGAGGAGAACGAUGGAUGUAGAAAGGAAGCAGGAGAAAAUCAGUCCCACAAAUAUUACACAUGCUUGUAGAGGGCAGGAGCAGCACAGACUAAAGGCUGAUAUUGAACUGAUCCACAGUUAAUGUGAUCACUAAUGAAUGAAUGAAGUGUCAGAGAAAUGAUGAGCUGCAGAUUGAAACCUGAAGAACAAAGUUAAUCCAACUCUGAAGAUUUCAUUUGGAAACUCUUGAAAACUUGAAUUUCUUCUUUGCUCAGUCGUGUUCAAAUGUAAAAACCAGAUCCAGAUUUUUCUGCAGUUUUCACUUCAGUUUGUUGAACAUGAACAUCAUCUUGUCCAGUUGGUCCAUAAAAACCUCUCUGAUCAAUGAUCUGUUGGUUUAUUUGAGAGUAGUUUGUCAGUUGUUGACAGCAGACGGACAGACCCCUGAAUAAACUCCUGACUAUUUUAAUCUUCAUGAAGAAUUCAGGACGACAAAAAAACCUUUGAGAUUUCUCACAUUAGUUUCUCAGACUCUGAUGUAAGUUUAUUCUUUGUCUGUUUCUGGUGUAGAUUUUAAUGUUUAAUCAUUUUUUUUAACCCAAUUCAAAUGUUCACAGACUUGCUGAAUAUUUCCAGAACUUUCCUCUUAUUUACAUAAAUUCAUAGUUUUUAUUGAAUCAGCAGUCAGAUACAGAUAGAGGAAAAUGAGCACUGUGAGUUAUUUUGUUGAUUGAAUGUUGAUGAUUUUUUAUCAAUGGUUCAGAUGAUCACUGCAGUGAUGUUGACGGGUUUACUUCCUCGGUCUCUAAAACAUUCAAAUGUUCAAGGAUGCAGUGAACUCAGUAUCCAUGCAGCUCAGGAACACAGCUCAUCUUUUUCAUACAGGAAACUUUGUCAACAACAAAGGUGUGUUAAAGUCCCAUCAGUCAGCAGCUUUAGUCAGAAACCUUGCUGUCAGAGCUCCGUCAUUUCAACCCUCUGUAUAACUCCUCAGCACAGACCAGACCCUGUGAGCACAUCCUCACAACAUGCUGCUUUAGUUACAACAACAACAACAAUCAGCUGACAGCAGAGAUUUCAUCCAAACAGUCCAGGAUACAAACUUUGAAGUGGUUGGAAAAUUCAGGUGUCCACCGCUCAUGCAGAGUUGACUCAUGUUGAUGAUGUUUUCAUGUCUAGAGGACAUGCUGGAGUGAAUUCAACCAAACCUCCUGAGAAAAAGACAGCAGUGGCAGCCAUUAGAUCAGGCUUCAUGACGUCUGUGCGUCCCUUUAAUCAACCAAAUCAGCAGUCCGAGAGUUUUCCCUCAUCUCUUUAGAUUUGAUGGUUUUUGUGAGUGAGAGGAAGAGUGGAUCUGUCCACUGUCUGACCUUGUUGAUCCUGAUGAAGGUGAGGGAGAUGAGUAAAGCAGUAAAGGUGAUGUGACAAAGGUGACAAAGAUCCUCCUGUUUCCUCCAUGUCACAGUUCAAGUUCAUUUUGAAGAGUUCUCUAAGCUCGACAUUUUAAACCUGAACAUAUGAAGUUUGAUUAUUAAUUAUUUUUCAUCUACAUUCUCUUUCCUUUUUUCAGACUGAGUGGCUGCAGUUUGUCAGAGAUCAGCUGUUCUUCUCUGGCCUCAGCUCUGAAGUCCAACCCUUCCCAUCUGAGUGAGCUAAACUUGGGUAACAACGAUCUGCAGGACUCAGGAGUGAAGCUGCUGUGUGACUUUCUGCAGAGUCCAAACUGUAAACUGGACAUUCUGGGGUAAGUUUGUUGAUGAUGUUUUCAUGUCUAGAGGACAUGCUGGAGUGAAUUCAACCAAACCUCCUGAAAAAAAGACAGUAGUGGCAGACAUUAGAUCAGGCUUCAUGACGUCUGUGCGUCCCUUUAUUCAACCAGAUCAGCAGUCCCAGAGUUUUCCCUCAUCUCUUUAGAUUUGAUGGUUUUUGUUAUUUUAAUGUUUCCACACAAACUUUAAAUUAUUGAAACUGAAUUUUGUUUGUCAUGAUAAUGUGACAGCUGUUUUUAUAAAAAAACUUUUAGAUUUGGAGUUAAAGUGUUUCAAUUUCAGACAUUUUGAACAUAUUUAUGAGUUUUUAUUCAUUAAUUACAACCAUAUCAUAGUGAUAUCAGACAGGAGUGUGACAGGUGUUUAUUAGUCUUUUUGACACGUUACAAUAAUGAGGAUAAAGUCAUGGACUAAACCCAGUUUCCUUGUUGUUGUUGUUGCUUCAGCUAGCAUCAUUGUUUUCAUCACAGUUAUUAAAGUAAUAAUGAUGCUUCAUGAAUUCAGAGUCACAAAAAAACACCAAACAAACCAAAUCUGAAAAAAAUCCACUUUUUCAUCAGAUGAGUUUAAUCUGUCAGAACAUGAGGUUUGAGUUUUCAUGAGGAGGAAUAGAGAAAGAUCUGCAGUGACAGAAACACAAACACAGACAGAGAGACACAAACAGGGAUUUCCACUUUGUCACUUUGCUCUGAUGACUGAAGUCACAAAACGAAAGUUACGCAUGUAACUACGGUUCUAUGAAUCCCGAAUGACCGCCAGAGGCGGUGCUUUAAGCACUGAAUGACUCCCUUCGCGCAUGCGCAGUUCGAGUGUUUAUACCAACAACGUCACUUGUGACCCCGUGGUGACCUGGAAGAGGUUAUUUCUUCCAUCGGUCAACGAGGGUUCAGUCCCUGCAGAACUUUCUCGCGAAGACGCGAGGAUUCUGAGUGACAGAGUGCUCUGGCGGUCAUUCGGGAUUCAUAGAACCGUAGUUACAUGCGUAACUUUCGUUCUAUUUCAUCCCUUCUGACCGCCAGAGGCGGUGCUUUAAGCACUGAAUGACUUAUACCAGCAAAGUCACGAGGAAUCCUGAUUGCAAACCUUGAAUCAAGGGGACUCCGGGAAGAGGACCACACCCAACGGAUGGGGAGUGGCAACGUUCACCCUGUAGAACUUCGAGAACGUGCUUGAUGACGCCCACGAGGCAGCCGAGCAGAUGUCCUCCAGGGGUACUCCUCUUAGGGCUGCCCAUGAGGUGGAGACACUCCUGGUCGAGUGACACCGGACCCCGGGUGGCAUGGGGCGGUUAUUUGCCUUAUAGGCGUGGUUGAUUGUGUCCACCACCCAGUGGGACAACCUCUGCUUUGACAGGGCAAGGCCUAUACUAGGGCCGCUGUGACACACAAAGAGCUGUUCAGCUCGUCUUACACGUGUGGUGGCUCGAAUGUAGGCUCUCAAGGCCCGCACCGGGCACAACAGCCUCAGUUGGUCAGCCCUGUCUCCUGGCGGAGGAUCGAACCGGGCCAGUGUGAUAGGCCGGUUGAUGUUUGCUGCCGAUGGCACUUUUGGCAGGAAGUCCAUAUUGGGCCAUAGGGUCAUGCCUGACUGGUCUGGGUUCCACCGUAGGCAGGAUUCGUUGAUUGAGAGGGCGUGUAGCUCCCCUACCCGCUUGGCCGAUGUAAUGGCCAGGAGGAGGGCUGUCUUAUAGGACAGCCAUUUGAGCUCUGCCCGCUCCAGGGGCUCAAAGGGAGCCUUGCAUAGGGUGUCUAAGACUAGAUUUAGGUCCCAUACUGGAGCUCUCGGGGCUCUCGGGGGUGCAGCCUCUGGGCCCCCUUCAGAAAGCUGGAGAUCAAGCGGUGGCUCCCUAUCGUGCUGUUCUCAACCCUCACGUGGUUACAAGAUAUAGCUGCCACAUACACUUUAAGUGUAGAAGGGGACAGGCCUUUAGUUACCAGGCUUUGGAGGAAUUCAAGGACUACAGUCACUGGGCAGUGUACUGGGUCCUCAGCUCUGCUUUUGCACCAGCUGGAAAACAGCUUCCACCUGUUGGCGUACUGGAGCCUGGUGGACGGCGCCCUUGCGUUCAAGAUCGUAUGUUGUACUGCGUCCGAGCAGCUGCCUAGCAGUGGGUCGGGCCCUUCAGCAGCCAAACACACAGCUGAAGGCGUUGUGGGUUGGGAUGCCAGAUUCGUCCCCUCAGCUGUGAGAGCAGGUCCCUCCUGUCGGGGAGGCGCCACGGCGUCCCUUGACAUAGUUGGUGGAGCAGUGGGAACCACACCCUGCCUGGCCAGAAAGGGGCCACGAGGAGAAUGGUGUGACCCUCCUGAGCCACUCUCUGGAGCACCAGGGGAAUCAGAGGAAGUGGGGGAAAGGCGUAUAGGAGAACCCCUGGCCAGGGGUGGGACAGCGCGUCCUGGCCUAGGGGGCUGGUUGGCUCCGCUAGGGAGAACCACUUCGGGCAGUGGGUCGACACUGCCGAAGCGAACAGAUCCACUUCUGCCCUGCCAAAGCGGUUCCAGAUCAUGGUGACCACGUCUGGGUGGAGGCGCCACUCUCCUGACGGAGGCUUCCGCCGGGAGAGAAAGUCCGCGAUGUAAUUCGUCUCCCCUGGUAUAUAUACUGCCCGCAGGCUCAUCAGGCGGGGGGCGGCCCAUGUCAGCAGGUUUGCGGAGACCUGCAGCAGCUGUGCUGACUUGGUCCCUCCCUGGUGGUUUAUAUGGUAGAUUGUUGAGGUAUUGUCUGACCUGACCAACACAUGCUUGCCUCUCAGGUGAGGCAUGAAAUGGAUAAGAGCCAUGUGCACCGCUUUUAUUUCGAGCACAUUGAUAUGAUUUGCGCGGUCUGCUGGAGACCACUGCCCGCGAGCUGUCCUGCCCUGCCACACCGCACCCCAGCCCGAGAGGGAGGCGUCGGUGGUAACAGUUUCUCUGCGGAAUGGAAUACACCCCAUCGGGACACCCCUCAGGAUGUAAGUCCUGUCCCUCCACGGGACUAGGGUGAGGAGGCACUGUCUUGACACGGCAAUCUGCCUGUGCCUGUGUCGCUCGGCAUCUAGAUGGAGGCCGUUUAGCCACCUCUGCAGGGGGCGUAGGGACAGCAAGCCCAGCGGCACAACAGCCGCAACAGACGUUAGCGUGCCCAUGAGGCGGAGGAACCUCAUGUAUGGCAGGAGGCUUCCUCUCCUGAAAUCGAACAGAAGCUUCAUAAUACCAUCCACCCGACGGGUGGAAGGACGGGCCGUCAUUGAAACCGUGUCUAGGGCUAGACCAAUGAAUGUUAUGCUCUGAGAUGGCGUCAGGCAGCUUUUGUCUGUAUUUACUUUGAUACCCAGGCGGGCCACGUGGGCUAGAAGCUGUGAUGUGUCGUCCGCUGACUGUGCCCGGGAUGGUGCGCAAAUCAGCCAAUCGUCCAGGUAGGGAAGCACCUUCAUGCCCUGGGCCUGGAGAGGUUGGAGCGCUGCAGCGGCAAACCUCGUGAAGACCCUCGGGGACAGGGAGAGCCCAAAUGGGAGCACCCGGAACUGCCAGUGGCGGUCCUUGUAGGCAAACCGGAGGAACUGCCGGUGUUGCCUGGCAAUGGGGACAUGGAAAUAGGCAUCUCUCAAAUCCACUGUCGUGAACCACUCGUUUGGGGCCACGGACUGGAGUACAGCUGCCGUGGUCAACAUACGGAAGGGUAGGGUCUUUAAGUACCUGUUUAAGCCUCUCAGGUCCAAGAUGGGGCGGAAUCCGCCGGUCUUUUUCUCUACCAGAAAGUAGGUCGAGUAGAACCCCCUGGGGUGCUGCAGAGGGUCUACUGGUUCGAUGGCACCCUUGGCCAGGAGGGUAGACAGCUCCUGGUCCAGGGCGAAGGCCUUUGCCGGGUCGCCAAUGAUGGUAGUUUUGACCCGGCUGGUUGCAGGGGGCCGGCGUCGGAACUGGAGUUUGUACCCGUGGGUCAAGGUGGUAAGCACCCACGGGUCCACAGCUCGAGCAGCCCAGUAGCUGAGCUGCUGGUGUGUGAAAGUUCCGACGGCCGGCCCCAUUGUCUCAGUGUUUGGCCCCUCUGCCCCUAGGGGCCCUGUUGGGGGGUCCAACGGGGUCCGGGGGCCGAAAUGGCCUAGACUGCGCACGACCAAAGCCCCGUCCACGGGCUUGCCCCUGCGCAAAGCGUGGGUCUCUAAAGUGGGCUGGUGGGGGGUUGCUUCCAGGGGCAGCUGAGUGGGCUCUGCCCCUGGCCCUGCCCCUGCUAUGGGGAGGAGCGCGGUGCAGGCUCAUCAGCUGCUGUCUAGUCUGUCCAGCCUGGAUGGUUUGGUCAAGUGCCUCCUGGGCAGCUGGACCAAAGACCGUUCCUGGCACCACCGGGAGGCCCUGGAGGGUCUUCCUCGCCUUGUCCGUCAGCCGUGACUGGGACAGCCAAACCUGGCGGCGGGCCUGGAUUAUGAUGGACAUCAUCCUCCCUAACUCCCGAGCCAUGAGGCCAAACGCCUCCAGUGACGCGUCACAGAGGGUGGUAGCAUCUGCGAUUGCAUUGUCCUCCUGCAGGGAUGAUGAAAGCGCCAGCAGGAGGUGCGACAGGGAGUUGCCAAUUCUCCCAGCUUUUGCUCCUGUGUUAUAGCCCCUAAUCAGCAGGUCGUCGGUCAGCCUGCACUGGGGGCGAGGGCACCUGGUGUCCCGGCUCAAGGCCUCAUCUGGGGGAACCACCAGAGAUGCGACGACUGGCUCAAUUGAUGGCAUGCAGUCCAAGCCAACGUCUGCCGAACCAUGCAUCGCUGCCAGCGCACGACCGUCGCUGGUUAGACGGGAGCAGGCCUUCGAGUCUGCCCAGCAGACCUGUAGCUCCCUCAAAUAGUCCUCUGCAUGAGGGACAGAGAAUGCAUUGGAGGCUGGCUUCCGCCGGAAGAAUCUGCUUGUUGGGGCCUGCCCUGCUUGGUCUGGUAAGGCCACCCUUAACUUCUCCAGGGCCAUUCUCAGGAUGGCCUGCAUCGAGUUAUCCCCGCUCUCGGACAGCUCAGUCUGGGCUGAGGAGUGGGAGCCUUGAUCUGAGGCCUGAGAGGCCCCCUCAUAGACCUCCCCUUCCUCGUACUCAUGAAAAUGGGAGGCUGAUGCAGCUAAAGACAGCGCAUCCUCCUCUGGCUCUUGGGACUCCUGGGUCAAGUGUGGCAUUUCAGGAGUAGGCACCCGAGCUUCCUCUGAAGGACACUCCAGAGGUUGAUGGACGAGGAGCAUAGCCCUCAUACGACCAAGCUCCGCAGACAACUGAUCCACCCUAGACGACAGUCGAGAGCGGUUGGUCUUGGGCCUAGCCCUAGGCUUCUUUUUAGCAGGUGGGGCGCCUGCACUGGCAGGUGCGUCAGUGCCCCGCUUCGAGCGACCAGGUUUCACUGUGGGCGCCUGGCCUGAUGGGGGAAGGUUGUCCUGCAGCGGAUUCACCUCAGCUAGCCUGGCCAGCUUAGCUGCCAUCGGCAUGUAGCUGCAGUCCAUACAGUGGCUGUUCACCAGGGCCUCCUUGAGGUGCUCAAGGCCCAGACAUGAUGGACACAAAUCGUGUCCAUCAUCAGGUUGGAGGGGGCCUGACAGGAAGUACAGCAGUGAGAGACAUCCAUUGUGACCCCGCCACUAGAUGGAGAAUUGAUCGCUCUUGCUGGAGGGAGGAAGCAGAAACGCUCCUUUAUCCGAAAAUUAAGACAGCAAGAGUGACUGCCGCUUAUGCUGGAGGAAGGAAGCGGAAACGCUCCUUUGCCAGCAAUCAGAAAUAGAAAGAAUAAAUCAAAUAAUAAUCACAAUGAUAGGCUUGAAGCAACUCAGGUCACUGGCAGCGCGAGCUGGGGGAGGGGGCGUGAGCACCGCCUGCACCAGCGUAGGCUAUCGCCAACUAUAUAAUAAAAAGAGAUAAAGCCCCUCAGGCAACCAGAGCGUUAAUGCUACUGUUAGUGUUAACUAAACUAAAGACAAGGCUAUGCAACAAAAACGGGUUAGCCAAGCCCAACCAAACGUCGCUAGGAAACUAGCCAAAAAACGAAAGAGCUAUCCUUAAAACUUUUCUGCCCGCUUGGCCGCCGCUGAGUGCUUUAGCCGCCGUCGGGGGGCCGUGGCCGCUGCGGCGUUAACAAAAAACGGGCUACCGUAGUCGUUUAUUAACUGAAAAUGCCGACGCGGAACGCGAGCGUUACCGUUCGUUGUAUACAGCCGUUAUGUCGGAGGGAGGCGGCGAGAGCGCAGCCUUUCACAACAGGUUAAGGUAAAUAUCUAUAUAUAUGUACACUAAAUCAAUAACCUACCUGUUCCGAAGGAGAGGGGAACGAGUCCCAUCCUCACCGGUGAAUGACGGACGCCGCGGCGUCCGAUGAGAUGAGAACUCCGCUCAGUAGGAGAUCCCAAUUAAUAUGGAUUAGACAAGUUACAGCUCCUGGAGGGCGAGCAUUCGCUACUCCGACCGAAACGGCCGCGGAACUACUGGUAACUUACUCAUUUAAAAGUGAGGUAGGUUUUGAAAUAUUGUAGCUCGCUCUUUUGCAUCCUGCGCGAGCGAGAAAGAAUAAGGGACUGAACCCUCGUUGACCGAUGGAAGAAAUAACCUCUUCCAGGUCACCACGGGGUCACAAGUGACGUUGUUGGUAUAAACACUCGAACUGCGCAUGCGCGAAGGGAGUCAUUCAGUGCUUAAAGCACCGCCUCUGGCGGUCAGAAGGGAUGAAAUAGAAACAAAGUUUUCUUCGUCACUUUUAUGACUGAACCAAAUAAGUUCAAGAACCAAACUCUCAGAUUUUGUUCUUCCCAAUAUUAUUUGAACCAUUUUGAUUUUUCUUCUGAUCAAUAUUCAAUGAUCAGAUUGAUCAGGUUCCUGUUUUGGCUCCACUGCCUCUUUUCUGCGAGCUCAAUAACUGCUCAUAUGGUUUGAAAGGUUCCUGCAGCAAAACCCGAUUAGAGAGUGGACUAAAUGAAAUGUGAGUGAACUCAGCCAUCAGUGAAUCAAUGACAAAGUGAGAGGAAGAGUGGAUCUGUCUGCUGUCUGACCUUGUUGAUCCUGAUGAAGGUGAGGGAGAAGAGUAAAGCAGUAAAGGUGAUGUUGUUGCAGACAGAGUCAGCUGACCUGUCUCAUCAGAGUCUCAUCCAUUCUCUGUUUGGCAGAGCGCUGAUGUUACAGUCUGAGAGCACAUUCAGGUUCAGCUUCACAUGGGCUGGAUCUGCUCAAUACAAACUCUUGAGACCAGCCUGGUUGAGGGAGGUCCGCUCAGUGUCCUGGGUGACUCUCUCUGAGCUCUUCUUGGUUGAGAGUAUUUCUGGUUUGUCUCUGACUUCCAUGAACUCAGAUCUGGAGGAUUGCUGGCUGGUCCGGUCCAGUUCUGACAGUAGAGACAACACAGUCUGUUAUUCUGGGUUGAGUGUUCUUGUUGAAGAUCAGUGUACAGUGAGGGAUGAAGGCAGACAAAGAUCCUCCUGUUUCCUCCAUGUCACAGUUCAAGUUCAUUUUGAAGACUUUGAUUGAUCCGAGCGCUGAAGAGGAACAGGAAACGAGGAGUAGAGAGUGAGGGAGGACUUACAGCAAAGGAUCAUGGGAGUCCAACCGGCAACUGCUGCAACAAGGACUCCACCAUCUGAACACCUGAACCUCUAAUCCAAACCAGUUCUCCAUCACAUCUGAUGUCUUGUCUGUUAUUUUACAUGGAGGGUCAGAGUAGACCAGAUCAUGAGCUCUGACAGACUGGAUCUGGUCCAAAGGUCUCCUGUUGGAGUUCUCUAAGCUCCAUAUUUUAAACCUGAACACGUGAAGUUUGAUUAUUAAUUAUUUUUAUCUUCAUUCUCUUUCCUUUUUUCAGACUGUAUGAGUGCGGGUUGUCAGAGAUCAGCUGUUCUUCUCUGGCCUCAGCUCUGAAGUCCAACCCCUCCCAUCUGAGACAUCUGGACCUGAGUGGAAACGAUCUGAAGGAUUCAGGAGUGGAGCUGCUGUGUGACUUUCUGCAGAGUCCAAACUGUAAACUGGAGACUCUGAAGUGAGACUUUUUUCCUCCGUUCAAACAUUAUCAUGAUUUGUUUGCGAUGAUGACACUAAACUGCUGACUCAGGACUGAAAUACUGACCCAGACUGAACACCUUCAGUCCAGAGUAGAUUUUCUGCAUCAGUGGAUUAUUUGAUUGACUCCAGUUCGAUCACUGCUGAGCUCCAGUGAAUUAAAACCUGAACCCAAGAAGAAACUCUUUGUAGAGUUCACAGUGAGAAGAACAUUCAGACAGAAAACAGAAGCAGGGGGAGAUUUGUCAGAUGAGAACCAUUCAAACUUUAGUUCAGGACAAGAUCAGGGAAUAGGAAAAACUCAGAGUUUAGUUUCUGACUCUGAUGAAAGUCCAGCUCUGUUACUUUGAAUUUUGAUUGUUUUUGAAUCUUUGUGUGAAAAUCUGAAUUUUCUGGUUUAUCUGCACUUUUCUGCAGCCUUGCUGUGUUUAGACUGAAAUAUUUACCUCUCAAAGACGUGAUAUUUUUGGUUCAGCAAAGUGAAAAUAUUCUGAACAUCCUUUAUUUCCCAUCCGUCCUGAAGUCGCUGACAUUUUCUGAAAAUAUUGAGCUGCAUCUACAAUCAGUAAAAAAGUCUCUGAGUUUUUUAUUUCUCUAUUUAAUGUGUUUUUGAAUUCACUGUUUCAAACUGACUUCCUGUUUGGUUCAGCUCUUUGGAGCGUCACUUUUCUCUGAUUCAUACUUUCCAAACCAUUCCCCUGAACUCUACAGAUUUAAGACAUCAGGUUUCAAACUGGAUCAUUUUUCUCUAAAAUCUCAUUAUUUCCUCUUUAUUUAGGUUGUGGAGCUGCAGUUUGACAAAGAUCAGCUGUUCUUCUCUGGCCUCAGCUCUGAAGUCCAACCCCUCCCAUCUGAAAACUCUGGAGCUGUUUGGAAACAAGCUGCAGGAUUCAGACAUGGAGCUGCUGCGUGAUCUUCAGAAGAGUCCAGACUACAGACUGGAGGAUCUGAGGUCAGUAUAGAGUUGGAGUUAGUCUGUGCUGAUCUCUCCUGUUCCUCUCCACACAGUAUCACAGCAGAUAUUCAGUAUUUCCUGCUGACUCUUCGACCCUCUCAGAGGAUUCUUUCUUUAGUGAACCUGUGAGAACAGAAAUCAUCAAACCAGGAGUGUAAGAGUGUCAGUGAUGAAAAAAGUGUCUCCUCGUCUCUAUAUUUCAGAUCAAAUGUAGAAAUGAGACAUAAUGAAACAGAAAUGUUCAGUUUCUGCUCUGAAGUCCAGUUUAUAGUUCUCUGUAUUCAACACAGACUUUAUUUCUCUGCUAACUUGUUGAUUUUGAGCUCUAAGUCUGAAAACAGACAGCUGUUCUUUAUACUUGUUCUUUUCACAGCAGGUUUGUUCGAUCAGCUUUAACACAUUUGACAGGAAGGAUUUCUUUAUUUUGAUGAUGUUGGUUUAUUUGUGAGGAAACCUGCUGCUUUACACCAUCACUUCUGGUCUGAGCAGGACUGAAACCUGCUGGUCUGUAAACUGGAUGUUCUUCAGUCCAGCUGAUGAAGUGAGUCUCAGAGUGGAAACACUGAUCGUCUUUUUUUCUCUCCUCAGAUGGAGGUUUUAGCUGUCAGAGUGAUUAAGAAGAGGAUCAUCUGUUUCUAGACGAUCAGAGAGGUGGAGGCAGCAGCAGUGAGGGUGAGUCUCUGACUUGGCCGUGUUCCUGAGAGACUGACUGACCAAUCACAGCGGGCGGAGAGGACUCUGGGAGCUGCACUUUGACCUGCUCUGAGAUCAGCUCAGGACCUGGACUCUGGAUAUUUGAUAUUUUCCCUCAUAUUCUGGGAUCAAACAGUCUGAACAGGUUUGUUUUGUUUAUGGAAACAUGAUCAUUAAUUCACACACUGAUUGGAUUACUUUUUUUUUUCGCAUGAUGCAGCGCCACCUAGUGGAAAUAUAAAGCGGUGGAGUUGAUGUGUUCCCACAGACUUCUGCAGCAGAAGUUGAUACCAUGUGUGACGUGUUCUUAAUUUUCUGAAAUGAUUGUAAAUGUUGAUUGGAGGUAGAUUGGCCAAAUCUCUGCAGGAGUAAAGCUUUAAUGCAUAUUUUUGUUCCGUUUUAAAAGAAAAAAUCAGCAUAAAUAUUCGACCCUGAUUCCAAAAAUAUUGACAUACUGUUUAAAAUGUUGAUAAAAACAGAAUUUGAUGGUUUCUAAAUUAUUAAAACUGUAUAUUUUGAUGAUAAGAGUGCAAAGACAACUUGAGACUGGAGAAACUUUUCACUGGUGAGGUUUAUUUGGAACAAGUUAGUGAGGUGAGUGGGUUUAAAAAGGACUCAGAGAGGCUGAGUCUCUCAGGAGUAAACAUGAACAGGUUCAUCACUCUGUGAGAGACUGCGUGAGCUAAUAAUGUGACAAUUUCAAGAUAAUGUUCAGGAGUGUAAACUUACAAAGAACUGGUGGAUUUUAUCAUCUAGAGUUCAUAAUAUCAUUAAAAGAGUCAGAGUGUAAUUUUCAGGCCUUCAAGUAGAAAAACAGACAAGACUCUGUAGUGGAAGUCACCACAUCCCUUCUAAAAACCACAGUCAGUGAACACAGUCUGUCUCUUUAUUAAAUCUAAUAUACGAUUCAAAGAGAUUCUGUCUUUAUCAACAUUUGACACAGCGUCCAAACUCUUGAGGAGUCGAGGUUGUAAUCAUGAAAGAUCUUUAUCCUACAAAGAUUAAAAAAUCAUUCAUUUAUUUUACAGAAUCUCUAUUAAACUGAUUUUCAUGGUUCACUUUUUAAAACUGUAUUUUUAUCAUCUUGGUCUUUACAUCUUGGUCUUUAUAUUGUCAUUAAUUUUUAUUAAGGAGAUUUUUAAAAUAAAAAUCUGUACACACAGUUAAGCUUUGGAUGAUAAACAAUAAAAAUGUAUAAAUUAGUUUGUCUUUAAUUAAAAACAUGAUUUAUCCUCAUCUGGUUUUAAAUAUAUAGUUUGUGUCACUCUUUGUGAAAUGUAUCAGAGUAUAGUUUGAGCUCAUUAGAUCAAAAGUUUGAGUUAAAAGAAGCAGACAUUUUUAAGGUAAAUAAAACACUGUGUCUGCGCUUUAUC